AUGGAGCACAAGUUCUACCCACCCACCACAGUUGUCGAGCUUCUCGAGUUUGAGGUGCCGCCCGGUGAGGUGGACCAAUUCAUUGAGGCGGACGAACGAGUGUGGACUGCCUACCUCUCGUCGUGCCCGGGCUUCCUCGACAAGCAAGAAGAGAGUUCAGGUGCGCUGCUGGACGAGAGACAGGUCGUGUGCGCGACGGUGUGGUGGGCGAGCCUGGAGCUGUGGAAGGCCAUCCCACAGUCCGAGCUCGACAAGGUGCAAGAGCAGUUCGUGAGGGAGCUCGAGGGCAAGGAGUUCCCCAUCACCAAGGCCGAUGCCUUUCAACUCCGCAAGGCCGGCGGUUGUUCCAAAACUCUCUCUUCGACCAAAUGA